AGAAAAACAACUCAAAGGAUAUGAAAAUCUUACAGUUCAACAAACAUAUUUUUGGUGGUCAAAAGAAUUCCAAAAAAUGUACUAUCGCAAUUCUGAUCUUUUUAUAUCAACAAAACUUUUAUUGAAUGAAUAUAAUCAGGAAAUUAUCAUUGAUAUAACUACUCCAACACCAGCUCUUGGAUUUCUUGCUGAUGGGAAUUAUAUGCGAUUAUAG